UGUCGGAAUGUCGUCAGAAAUUUCCGCUUGUACACGUGUGGCAAGAAGGGUUAUGUUAGAUUUUUGAGGUCCUUCAAAGUCAUGAACAUUAGGUUAUUGGAAUACUGCUUACAAAAAGUAUGCUCCUCUUCUGUCCGACUUGCGGAAACGUCUUACGAGUAGAACAAGGUUCGACCUGCCUGCGAUUUUCAUGCAAUACCUGUCCAUAUAUUGUCAACAUAGCUCGGCGUGUGAGCAGUCGUACAUAUCCUAAGUUGAAAGAGGUGGACGAUGUACUUGGAGGGAGUGCUGCAUGGGAAAAUGUAGAUUCAACCGAUGAACGCUGUCCCAAGUGCUCGCAUCCUCGAGCGUACUUCAUGCAGAUUCAAACGAGAUCUGCCGAUGAACCGAUGACUACAUUCUACAAGUGCUGCAAUCCUCAGUGUUCUCACAACUGGAGAGAAUAAUAAGCUCACAGGUGU